AUGAGUCAGUCUGAUUUCAACGGUGAUAUUGGCUACUCUGAAAAUUCGGAAAUUAAUUCGCUUAUGUCAAGCAAGUUAAAAUUACCAAAAUUUAAGGAGAAUGAUAACUGUGAAGCAUGGGUAAACAAAUGCGACUUUCUUCUCGGAUUGAACGGUCUGACUGACGAAUCUGCAAAGAUUGGUCAGAUGUGUAGUCAAUUACCGGACCCGAUCCAAGAAACAGUUAUUCUCGAACUUGCACAAUUAGACAAAGCAAAAAUUUCAAUCAAGGACUUUUUGGUCAUAUUCAAUCGAGCAUGUCGAAAGAAUCCUUUCGUUUACGAGAAUUUGCUUGAUAAACUUAAAUAUGACCCAGAAGAGCAUUUGAAUCUUAGAAAUUUCUACUAUCGAGUGAAUCAACUUGUCAAACAGACCAUCGGUGAUGAGUGCGAUAGCAUGGUUGAAAAGAUCACCAUGAAAGAAUUUCUUAAGAAACUUCCGAAAAAGAUCCAGAAUUCCGAAUUCCUUUUGGAAUACAGGAAGGAAAAAUCAGACAAUAUGGAUAUUGUUGAUAAAUGCGCUGAGCUUUACGAAAAGCAAGGCGAGCGAGAAAAGGAAGUUAAUGCUUUGGGAGAUGAGACUGAUCAAUCUUCCGAUGAAAUUUCAUCUAAUGAGUCCGAUAUACCCGAAGAUUAUCACAGUACCUAUUCCAGUCAAGACGAAUAUGAUGACGAGGAGAUUACGAAGACGAAGACGAAAAGGAUGAUAAGAAUGAACUCUCAAAUGUAA